AUGGCGUACGAUGCCUUUCAGCAUGGUUCGAAUCCUUAUGGGCAACCAGACAAUACGGGCCCUAUUAAUAUGAGCGAGAAUCACCCGUCGUCCUUUGAGCCCCCAUAUCCAUACCAGCCAACGUCCGAUCAGCUCAAUAUGCCACAGCCUCAAGUUUCGCAGCCUCAGAUACCUCAAAAUGCCCCUCCACCACCACCUCCUUCCCAAGGCUACUAUCCAGACCCGCCGCGCGAGCAAACCUCCUGGCCACCUCCGCCCCCCCCUGCUCAGGCGGGACGAAUCAACGAAGCGGUGACUUCGGCCGUUGGAAGCAGUGGCUCGCCCGGAUAUAUCUCGCCUGAGCUCGUGGCACAGGUCACAGCAAAUGUGCUUCAGCAACUCGGAGGAAUGAACCUGGGUAGCAUGCCUAACGUCCAGCAGCCUUCGCAAUCGGUACCACCGCCGCAACCACCACAAUGGGGGACACCACAGCCUUACCAGAACCCUGCGUCGCCGCUUACGCCAGCAAUGCCUCACAGCCCGCCUCCGCCGCCUCCAACCGCCUAUCGAACCCCUCCUCCGCAGCCCGAGUACUCAAGUAUUGCCCACCUACAUCCCAGACCGAGCCCUACUCCUCCCCAGGACAGAAGGGAGUCCCCUGCUAGCCAUUUCAGCGAGCAUAGCCAAAGGCCUGAGUCCCGUCCGAACCUCCAGAGGGGUGACACAUUUCUCACUCCUCUGGAGAAGAUAUGGGGGAAAUUUUUCGAUGAAGAGAAGCCAACUGAGCGGUUAGGGCAGUUCUUACGCGGAGUCGCGAUGCACUUGAUUAUCCACCCGGGAAUACUCUUGUUGUCCUCCCGGAUAAGUUGCAGAAGUUCUACGCAGAUACUAAUAUUCCCUCAGAUCCCUACCCAUGGCAGGAUAUAUUCGAUGAUCGUACGUCCUCCAUAUCGAGACUUUUCCGCGAGGUCGAAGCAGAACACCACCUCGUCCAGCUCAAAUUGA